UUUAUCUAAGAUUUGUUUAUUUUGUUUGACUCUAACAACCCUUCUAUUUAAGGUCAGCUAUGGGCAGUUUGUUCCUAGUGCAGCAGGCAAUAGGUUGGUGUCGUGUUCGGCUGCCCAUGGUUGUAACUCAGAGAUUCUGUACCAUGUCUUCUCAAAGACAUUGGGUGUCUCCUCCUGCAUCUCUACUACAGCCACUAUCUGUCCCAGACAGAUUAUUACUAGGGCCUGGGCCUUCCAAUUCUCCUCCACGGGUCUUGUCUGCAGGUAGCCGACAGCUCAUAGGACAUCUACACAAAGAGUUGAUUCAGAUAAUGGAUGAUAUUAAGGGGGGAAUCCAGUAUAUAUUCCAGACACAGAACCCUCUCACACUGGCUAUCAGUGGCACAGGCCACUGUGCAAUGGAAGCCGCCUUCCUGAAUUUGGUGGAACAGGGAGACAAAGUCUUAGCAGCUGUGAAUGGAAUUUGGGGAGAACGAGCAACUGACAUCGCAAGCAGACUUGGAGCUGAAGUACAUCAAUUGGUAAAGGCUCCUGGAGAAUAUUUUACUUUAGAAGAAAUAGAAAGGGGCUUGAUGCAGCAUUCGCCCUUUUUAUUUUUCAUCACACAUGGAGAAUCAUCCACUGGAGUAGUUCAGCCACUGGAUGGCCUGGGAGACCUCUGUCACAGAUAUAAUUGCUUGCUACUGGUAGAUGCUGUGGCAUCAUUAGGUGGCAGUCCAAUACUUAUGGACCAGCAAGGUAUUGACAUUCUGUAUUCUGGCUCCCAGAAAGUUUUAAGUGCACCACCUGGUGCUUCUCCCAUUUCUUUCAGCAACAGAGCCAGAAAGAAGAUUCACACUCGGAAGACAAAGCCAAUUUCCUUUUACCUGGAUAUGGAAGAGCUAUCUGCAUACUGGGGCUGUGAUGGUAAUCCAAGAAAAUAUCAUCAUACUGCACCUAUUAGCACAUUCUUCUGCUUGCGAGAAGCUUUGGCAAUUUUUGCAGAAAAGGGACUAGAGACUUCCUGGAAGAUUCAUAAAGAAAACAGCCUCUAUCUCUGUGCAGGACUGCAGAAGUUAGGUCUCAAACUCUUUGUGAAAGAACCAGAUGCAAGACUUCCAACAGUCAACACUAUCUUUGUGCCCGAGGGGUAUGACUGGAAGGAAAUAACUGAAUAUAUUAUGAAAAAUCAUGAGAUUGAGGUCUCUGGAGGUCUGGGACCUUCAGCAGGCAAGGUUCUUCGCAUUGGAUUGAUGGGCUACAACUCCACUAAACCCAAUGUUGACAGAGUCCUCCAUGCCAUAGGAGAGGCCCUCCAGCACUGUCUCAAGAACAAACUCUGAGCUCUUUUCACUUUCUCAUUUUUCAAUCUGCUUUGUGCAGAAGCUUCUACAGUUCAUUCGUCAAGAGAGCACAGAUAAUUAACCAAGGUGUUGGAGGCCCUCUGCACAAGUUUCUUAAUUGCAUAGUUCAAAAAUACAUAUGUAGUUACAGCUUACAUUUUACACAAGGAUAAAAUCUGUUUUCAUUUCAAUUAAUUUUUACUCACUAAUAUAAUCAAAUUAUAUGCAAACUACUAAGUGGGAAUUUGGCUUGCUGUCAUUCCUUUUGCAUUUCUUCACUGAAUGUAUAGUCUUGUGCAAAGUGACUAAUGUUUACACCAUAGACACUUUGCAUAGCAUACAGGUAUUAUCUAAACUAAUUUUUAUUUUUCCUAAUAUAGCUUCCUGUUUCUGAUAGUGACUCUUCUAAACUCAAGUAAAUUAUUCAAUUCUGGAACCUGUUGGGCACACAAUGCUGAGAUACACCUCUUUCAGCUGUAAGUUAUAAGGAUGCCACAAUUGUGACCAAGUGAGUGACAUCAAUGAAGUUAACUUGAAAAGAUAACUUGGAAAUUGUCUGCCCAGCAAGAAAGAAACCAAAUUAAAUUUGAAUCACUUAGUAGUUAAUUCCCCAUAUCACUUCCUACUUCUGGAAAUCUUGCAAUGAUAGAAUAAUUUCUAAACAACUAUAUGGCAUUUGUCAUAUUUUUUUAAAAAAUAUUUUAAAGAGCAUCUGAAUAUUCAAAAGUAAAAGAACUUGUGGGUGAAAAAAUUAUGAUAAACAGCAUCCAGCGAACUACCAUUAGAUAACAUUGCAUGUAAGUUACAACAAAAUGCUGCCAAAUGAAGAAUAUCGUUUAUCAAACAUGGUUUUAUUAUUGUUCAGUACCAACUUAUACAUAAAAAAAUCCCAAAAACUUUGAAAGAGGAGUUUCCCUUGAAAACUAUGUUCUUACAGGCUCUUACUGAAAUUGAAAUUUUAUGAUCAGCAAUCAGAAAAUUAACUACAAUUAAUUAAAACAAACUGUACACAGAAGCACGCUCAAAAUACGGUAAGAUUUCUUAGUGACAAUAUUACCAGAUUAAGUCACCUUGACCUUUCUUAUGGCAAUAGCUGCUGAUAAAAACAUCGCACUUUGUUCAUAAUCUCAGGAUUCUGGUCUGGGAACAGAAAAUGUGUCAUGUUCCCUCAUGGAAAACAGGAUAGUACAGACACAUGUACAGUACAGCAUGUAAGUUGCAUAGAAGGGACAGUGAAGAAAUAUAUACCUCAUUCUGAUCACAGGAUCAAUUUCUCUCAAUGAAUAAAAUUUUAUGAAAUUUUAGAUUCUAUAUUGCCGUCAAGCGAGUCAAAGAAAAGGCUCUGUAGUGUGCCGAGUAGGCUAGA